GUUGUUAUUAUUAUUGGUACCUAGCAACCAAAAUGACAACUUUGAAGUAACCUGUCAAAUGUAUAACAACUGUCAAAAUAGUGCCUCCUAAACUAUUAUUAUUAUUAUUAUAAAACUUGUGGAUUUGUUAUCAACAUAUAUUUAUAUCACCAAUAUAUUUUAAAUCCAUAUGAAUACAUCAACUUUAUUUAUUUCACACUUUUCAAGGAUAAUAAUACAGACAAGAUGUUUGUUUGGCGUUCACCAUAAUCCGAAACGUCAAAUUUUUUAUAUUAAACUAAAUAACAAUGAAAGAGCAACUUUAUUGUACAAAAAAAAUGACAAUAUUCUGGAUAUAAAAUCUGUAUAUGUACCGGAAGAAUUUGAAAAUCGAGGAAUUGCAAGAUUAUUAGCCGAGGCAGCUUUUACUUACGCGAUAAAAGAAAAUUUCAACUUAAUUUUGACUUGCAAAUACACACAGCGAGUAUAUGAAAAAAUAAAGUCUCCUGAGUUGGAAGAUCGUGUAAUUGGACCAUUAAAUUUGUUGAAACCUCUUUAAUAAAAUUAUAUUUAAUAAUAAUAAUAAAUAAAAUAAGAUAAAAUA